CGCUCGCCCUCCUGUGGCCGGGGGGUUCCGGGGUCCGGCGGAUGCGCGGGGAGCAUGAGCAGCCGCAGGGCGGCGAGGCCCGCCGCGGAGCUCCUCCGAGAUCGCCUUUAUUUUGCAAUUCUCUGCCAAAAACCAAAGAGUGGUGCUGCAAACACACACCAUUUCUGCAUAGAUGACGAACUUGUAUACGAGAACUUCUAUGCAGAUUUUGGACCACUCAAUCUGUCUAUGGUUUACAGAUAUUGUUCCAAGCUAAAUAAGAAAUUAAAGUCAUUUACAUUGAUAAGGAAGAAAAUAAUUCAUUAUACUGGCUUUGAUCAGAAAAAGCAAGCAAAUGCUGCAUUCCUCAUCGGCUCUUACGCAAUAAUAUACUUGAGAGAAUCCCCAGAGAAUGUGUACAGGCUCUUAUUGUCUGGAACCAUCUCUUACCUUCCUUUCAGGGAUGCUUCAUUUGGUACUUGCAGUUUUCAUCUAACACUGCUUGACUGCUUUCAUGCAAUAAAUAAGGCUUUGCUACAUGGCUUCCUGGAUUUCAAUGUUUUUGACGUAGAUGAAUAUGAGCAUUAUGAGAAAGCAGAAAAUGGAGACUUUAACUGGAUAAUACCAAACAAAUUCAUUGCCUUUAGUGGACCUCAUUCAAGAAGUAAAAUUGAAAAUGGUUAUCCCCAUCAUGCCCCUGAGGCUUAUUUCCCAUACUUCAGAAGACAUAAGGUCACCACCAUAAUACGCCUCAACAAAAAAAUGUACGAUGCCAAACGAUUUAUUGAUGCUGGUUUUGAGCAUUAUGACCUCUUCUUUGCUGAUGGAAGCACACCUAGUGAUACUAUUGUCAAAACAUUCCUAAAUAUUUGUGAAAAUGCUGAAGGAGUUAUAGCAGUGCAUUGUAAAGCUGGUCUUGGCCGGACUGGCACACUUAUAGCCUGUUAUAUUAUGAAACAUUACCGGAUGACAGCUGCUGAGACCAUUGCCUGGAUUAGAAUAAAUAGACCUGGCUCAGUGAUUGGACCACAACAACAUUUCCUGGUAGAGAAACAGUCAGAACUUUGGACAGAAGGAGAUAUUUUCCGUGCAAAGUUAAAGGGGAACAGUAAAAUUACUGUUACGAAAAUCCUCACAGGAGUAGAUGAUAUUUCAAUUAAUGAUGCAAAAAACCGGAAAACUAACAGAAAAGGCACUGAACUGUACAGUGAUGAAGAUGAAACGAACUGUGUAACUCAAGGUGAUAAACUUCGUGCUCUGAAAAGCAAAAGGCAAGGAAAAGCUACAAUCACAGUUCCACUAACAGUAAUUCUGCAGUCCAGUGUUCAGAAAACUAAAACCUCUGAACGUAACAUUUCUGACAGUACAGACAUUACUAAAAGAACUACCAGGUCUGCUACAAGAAAAAGCAGUUUAAAAAGGGUGUGCCUGGUGUAGCUUGACCCAGAAAUGGCCGGCCAUCGUUAAGUUUUCACUGUUGAAUUACUCAUUUUAGCCAUCCUAAAAAGUAAAGACAAAUCCAAAAAUCUUCUGUAACACUUGCCAUAUUUUUUAUUCAUUCGUCUGAAAGCACUUAAGUACAAAAGUGUCAGCAUCUUCACUACAGAGAUGGGAAAGAGAAGAGACAGAAUUUAGUCUCUGAGCCAGAAAAAAGACCCCGGUUUCCUGACCUCCUAGUGUCCUUUCCAGUAAAUGUUUGAAUAACUCAAAGCAGCAGCCGAACUACAGCUAAAUAACAAAACAAAAAAAAUCCUCCCUGCAGAAGAAUAGAAAUUUGUUGUUGCACUCGUUAACAGCAUUUGAGCUGUAUGUGUUUAGUAAGCAGUUUGUUCUCCUUCCCUAGUCAGUAAAAGGGAUAAAAUGGUUUCCAGUGAGGUUUGAAGAGUUAAGGACUUCAGUGUAAUUCCGGUGCUGGAAUCAUUGUAGAAAGGAAGAAAUAGUCGCUAGAGAAAGAUCUGUAACCAUUAUUUUGUAGGUGUUUUGGCAUUUUUCUAACCAGAGCAGCAUGUCAUGAAAAUAAACAGAAGCAUGCUUUAAUAACCCAGUAUGCUUUCACCAUUUCUGCUCCCUUAAGUUGGAAACUGCUUGUGCACUGAGUUUGCCUAUAUGUAAUCUAAAUUUUAGCUUUAGAAAAAUAAUAUUUCUUUACCAUUCACUCUACUUUUCCUACAGUCUCAUACCUCAGAAGGAGAGAAGGAAAACGCAAAUGCGCUUAAUGAAAUUAUGGUACUUUGCAUCCUCUGCUGCUUUUCUGUGCACAGUUGAACCUCUUUCUACACGUUAUAAUCAGACCAGUGUGAUUUCUUUAUAAUUGAUACUGCAUUGUCUCUGAAUGUAUCCAAGUCUUUUACAGUAUUUUUCUUUGAAAUGUGCUUUGCUUAAUUUACAUGGGCAGAAAUGUUUGUUUGAAAUAUUUCUGUGCUUGCUUUGGUUUUUGGAGUGCACAUUUUGAUUUUGAUUUUUUAAACAUGUUUUUAUCAUUUCAGCAGUCAUUCCAUCACAAGGACUAGGACAGUGUUGUGUUAAAUUAAAAAUAAGCAACUAGAGCUGAAGAGGACAUGGAGGAGGAAAAAAGGGAUAUCGCUAUGGGACUUGAUGCAGUUUAGGAAGAAAAUGCUUUGGCUUUGUUUUGCAGUAAAGAUUUAGCAGAAAGCUCCUUAUUUGUGGAAGACACGGACUGGUAGAAAGCUGAGCUAUCUAAUCAAGCUUUUUAAUUCUAAACAUUUACUCAAAUGUUUUAAAAAGUAAUUGUAAAUUUAGACUCAGGUGUAAAUAUUUAAGUUCUCUAUUAUAAAGAGAGCCUGCUAGUCCAUAUGAUGCAUGUGUAUAAAUUGUGAUGGCAAUCACUUAGCUGCUGGCCACCAUAAAAAGUGAAAACAUGGUGAGGCUUUUAAAUAUUUAAUUCACUGUUCUCCAUCCAAGUCAGCCUCAGUCUCCAGUUAGAGACUAAGCUUGGAAAGGCAGUCUUUUAUUCUCAUAACAAGGUACUCUCAUGUUGAUUGGCUCUCCUUUUCUUAUUUUGUAUGAAUUUUUUUUAUGAAGCUGCAAUUGUAAGUACACAGACUAAUUACUGUCCACCAAAGAGUGCUUUAUUUCCAAGGAUUUCUUUUUUAAAGAACCUAAUUAAAAGCUAAUGCUAUUUAAGCAGUUAAUAGCUUUUAAAUUGCUCAGAAUGCAGUGGUUCUUUCAACCAGUAGUAUUUGCUUGAAUCAGGUAUAUUUCCUACCAGAGUUUAAUAUAAAGAAGUACCAUCAGUGUUUAAACCCACGCUGCGGCCUGAAUUAUUUUACUUACUAGUGCUGCAUGUAACACUUAAGAAUAACAUACCUGAAAGAUGAGAAAAUUUUUCUUAUGUCUUUGCGUAUUCGACCACACUUUCUGGUCAUUGUCACUAAUUACCUGGUUUAGUCAUUUUCUUUCAUGCAAUAAUGGUGGAGGCUGGAGAGAGAGAGAAAGAGACUUAAAAUAGGAAUAUGUAUUUAUAAAACCACUGAAAUGAGCAGUGGGACUCAGGGGCAGGUGUAAUUAGAAAUGUUAGUUUGAGGUGACAGUGUUUUUUAAAAUAUCCACAUAUAUUUUUUAAAAGAAAUGCUAGAUAUCUAAUUAUCUAUUUAGUGCCAUGGUAAUUUUUUUUAAAGGGAAUCUGUCUAGGGUUUGAAAUAUCAUUUCUUUCUUUUACAAUACUAUUUUUUUCAAAACUAAAAGACAUUUUUUAAAUUUUCUCCACCACCUUUGUCCUGUUAGAUUUGACAGCUGUUUUUUUCUGCUGUAUCCUUGUCUGCCAACUUCACAUUUGACACCCACACAACCCUCAGAAUAGAUCUGCCUGCUGCAUAGUCAGGAGUAAAAGAACACACUUGUUUAUUGUUUUUUUUGGAAAUGUGUUGCGGGGAGGUUUGAAUUAUUAGUCAGUGACAGACAUUUGUUUUAAUUGAAUGAAUACAUAUUGAUUUUGAGAGACAGAACGUUCCUUUUGUAUUGUAAACAGGUGAAAUUCAAUGCCUAGUUUUGAAUGAAUCUCCCUUUUUUAAAUUUAAAAUUAAAAAGAUACCUAAUGGCAAUUUGAGGGUGUUACCUGCAUUUCAACAAAUAACUGUGUUGCGGCUUGAAUAAAAUUGGAUGGUAAAGGCUACUGACUGUUAGCCCAGAAUACGGUAAUUUUUAGUUGCAAGAAAUACCUCCCAAGUACUUGAACUUUAAAUUUGUUCAUUUGAAUACAAAGCAAAUAGAAGAGCAAACAAGUUGAAAAUGUAGAGAGUAAAAUAAUGAAGCUUGGGAAAAAAAGGGGGGGGGGGUGGAGAAAACCCUUUAACUCUCUUUAAAUUAUCUGGCCUGCCUCCUGUGCUUUGUACAGCACUGUCCCCAGAGAAGUGGCAGUAUAUCCUAUUUUAUAUUAUAUUUCAAACUUAAUUGGCAAUGGGGGGCUGAGGCAUACUUACUCUCUGGGGAAAAGAGCCUUACAAACUUUGUGAGGGAAGACAUAGGAAGAAAGAAAAUAAGUCGACUAGGGUUUUAAACCAAAGGGGUCUACUAGCAAAAAGAGAAAUGUUUCCUUUUAUUUUAGGAAUACUUAGUCAUUGUCCCCCAUCCAGGAGAUCAUGGAUGUCUAAACUGUGCUUUAGCAUGUAGGUGACUUGCAGAAAAAAAUGCAUAUACAUGCUCCUGAAUUGAAAGAGUGAUGUCUUUGUUAUGCCCUGCAAUUUUUAAACCAAAGCACUUGUUGCGGGCCUCCUUCCAUGAGAGAAGGAAGAGCAGCUCCUCCCAAACCUCUCUAUCUGACCUGCCUGUAAGCAUCAAUCAGCCAAUAGCAGUUCAGUCAAAGGAGAGUCAUAGAAAAGUAGGGCUGGGAGGGAUCUCAGUAGAUCAUCCUGUCUAAUCACCUGCUCAAGGCAGGUCAUCCCUGUUGAAACUAUCAAGUGCAAGUCCUUCUCUAACCUGUUCCUAAAACUAUACAAUUGACUACAAUGUAUAUGGCCCAAAGACACCCCAACCUGUCAAAAGUCAAGCCAAGGAACAAUGGGAGUCAGUGUCCCGCAGCUGCAAGGGCUGCUAAAAUACACUUGAGAGACCAGAGGAAGAGGACCAUGUCCCCUGCUAGAAGGCAAAAAUCCCCACAGUUUGUACCAGUCUGACCAUGGUGUAAAAUUCCUUCCCGCUCCCAAAUGUAAUAGGUCAAACUAUAUGAGCUGGAAGGGCAAGACCCUACACAGGAACCCCCCCAUUGCCCAGAAACCUUUGGGUUUAAGUCCCAGUCGGAGCAUUUAGCACACUCAAGUCAAAAUCCCAAGCCUUGGCUGUAGCCAACACCUAGUGUAAACACAGGAAACGCAGCUAAAACAUGAUUCUCUGCCAUAUGCAACUACAGCAACUUGAGUGUUGCUUGUCAGCUAACAUACUAGCAAGACAGGCAGUAGGUGCAGCCACAAAUGAGAACAUGUACUGGAAAGUAAAGGCCUUGGUUUAGUGACCUCACAAUUUAAAUUUGAGUGACUUUAAUAGGUGGAUGAAGCAAAUCAAAAGUGUGAAAGGGUGGGAGAAGGCGAUGGGACUAAAUUAGAGUUUGUAGGAUUUGGGCAGUGAACUGUAAAGUCUUUGGGUUGCCACCUACCUAGUGAUUUCUUUGCUUUCUAGGUAUUUUAAUCUUUUAUGUACAUUUUUAUGGUCAUUUUCAUAAUGACUAGUUUUUUCUGCUUUGGGGUUAGGGAGUGAAGUAGAAAUAAUGUCUCCUUUUUAUAAUUGUACUGGCAAAUACUGGAUACAGAAUAAAAGAUCAAGCAAAUUACUUGGAUUACAUCAGAGCCCCAAAAUGAUGGUUUUUAACAGGUGUAGGUUAGUUACACGUUAACAAAAACUAAGUUGUAUAUCUGUUUUACCUGCAAGUAGUCAAGCUCUUUUGUUCUAAAGAAUCCCCCUAAACAAAAUUUCAACAGAUUUUAGAAUUUCCUUUUUUUAAACAAAUAAAAUUGAACGCUUUCAACUUUUUUUUUUUUUUUUAAACAACAAAAACGUAGUUGACUGAAAAACCGUCAGUCACAAAUGCUUGUUGCAUAUCGUGAAAUUAAACGAAGUUUUGCAUUUUUGUUAAUAUGUAUGUUUUGGGCUUCCAUCUUUUUCCAUCUCUCUACAUCUUACUGUUACGGAGAAAUGUGUGAGUGCCGCUGGUGCUUUGCAUUUGCACACUCAAACCAGCCUUAUAUAAUGACUAUGUCAUAUCCCAUUUAUUUGUAGUAUUUAGUUUGUACUUGGUUUGAUAUUUGGCCUUACAUUUGCACCAUACAUACCAAAGUUGUCUUAGCAUAUGACUCUGAAAGAUGGGGAUGGGUAAAGGAGUCUUUCAUUUCCAAAGGGCCAUUGACUUGUGAAAUAGUGUGCCAAAUGUACAUAUAGAAUGGAUGCAUUGGAGAUUUUAAAAGAAGUGUGACUGCUAAGUAGGUUAUUCCUCCUAUCAUGGAGUUGUACUGAAUUAGUGUUCUCUUCUUGCUUUUCUUGUUGUUUGUGGGUUUGAGGGGUUUUUAUUCCCCAGGAUUGGGAAAUGCAGGAAGAAUCAUACUAAAAGCAUAUAGUAAAUACUCUGAGUAUUUACAGGGCAAGUCAAUUUGCAUUAGUGUCAGUGAUACAUACUGAAUUUGCUUUCAGAUCUUGACCUGAUGCCCUGACUAGAAUAGGGAAGUGCUGCUGUUUUUAAAGUUAGAUGAAAAAUAUAAAGCUCUGAUUUGUAUGAAGAGAUGCACAUUCUAAAUGGAAGAACACUUGUCAAGAGUUACGUUCACCAGAUUGUUGUACUUCAAUUUUAUAUUAAUAGUUUUUGAGACUUCUUUGUUCGUCUUGUGUGUAAACUCAUGUACAGAAUAUCAGGUUUUGAAAGUUACUGACUGAUCAAUACUGCUCAUCCUGAUUUUUUUUUUAAUUGUAUAUUUCUAUAAUUGUAUUUUUUUAAUGCUGACUGAAUGACAGAAUGGGAGUUUAUUUUGCUGAAAGUAUUUUUAAGAUAAAGCUUCAUAAUGUCUUGUAAACUUAGAUAGUUUGAUAUGCAUUAGUCUCAUUUGAAAACCUUGCAUAUUGUGUCUUAUUUUAUACCAAAUCUUGAAUAGUGAAAAUUGUAAACAUAAGUUGUGUACAAAUUAAAAUGAUUAACCAAG